AGUCUGCGCCACGAAGUUUGUCCCUUUGGAGGCGCCGUCCGGGUCCGCGUCCUGCUCGCAUCAUGUGACUGACCAAGCUGAGCCGGAGACCAGUUUCCUAGGAGAAGACCCACCGUGGGUGGUGCGCCGGGUGGACGGCGGCGGGAUGGAGGCAACCUUGGAGCAGCACUUGGAGGACACAAUGAAGAAUCCAUCCAUUGUUGGAGUCCUGUGCACAGAUUCACAAGGACUCAAUCUGGGAUGCCGAGGGACCCUGUCCGAUGAGCAUGCUGGGGUGAUAUCUGUUCUAGCCCAGCAAGCAGCUAAGCUAACCUCAGACCCCACCGAUAUUCCUGUCGUGUGUCUAGAAUCAGAUAACGGGAACAUCAUGAUCCAGAAGCACGAUGGCAUCACAGUGGCCGUGCAUAAAAUGGCCUCUUGACACCUUGUGUCCGUUCUCCUGCAGCCUGUCACAGGGCCUCGUUCCUACUUACCUUACAGAACUAUUCAAGUUCCAGUAGUUAGGCUGUUCGUAUAAUGUGCUUUGGGUACUUUUCUAUUAAUUUUAGAGUAAGCUGCUUUUUUGCCAUUCCAUGGAUUGACUUAUCAAAAUACUGGUUAAGAAAGUAUCAUGUUUGAAGCAGCAGGCUUAGGUCACUUUAUAUAUAGAAUCUUGUUAUGUUUAAUAAACCUGGUUAGAGGAAAGCUUG